GCUGACUAACAAUCCAAAAUUAAGGAAAAAUUGAAAUAUUUUACACUGGACGCACUAGACCAAGAGGAUUUUAGUGACACUGAAAACGAUUGGACAAGUGCUGACGAGCGAACACAUCUUUUGUCGCAAAACAACGGUUCGAGCUCCAAUAGGCUCCAACUGCGGACGAAAUUAAAGCAGCUGACAACUCAGCUGUUUAAUUUUAAUAACGUGGACAUAGUUGAGUAUUGGAACCGGGCCAAUAAUAAUAACUAUCAGAAGCUUAGCACCGAAUUCGACAAGAAGUACGCAACAGUCAAAACCAACAGCAAAAGUAUGUCAGGAUCAGGAUCAACGGUGGGUGACGCUGCGGCGGCAUUGUCUGGAAAUUUGCAACUGCCGCCACUACGCAGUUUGGAUGACUUCAUUCUGGGUUCGGCUCGCUUUCAAUUGCCCAAUCUCAAGGAUUUCGAUAAGUGGGGCAAUCGUGUGGUAAAGAAUUUACUUUACUACCAAACCAAUUAUUUCCUACUCUUCCUUACAAUCUAUGCCCUGAUGAUUUUCUUCAAUCCCACGAAAAUUGUGAGUGGUCUCAUUGUUCAAGCUCUGAUCAUUGCCGUAAUUUGGCAAUUUUUCAGUGUGAAAACAAAGAAAAAUUUUAUUGCCAGUCGUCUGGGUGGUGGCAAUGCUCAGGCAGCCGAACAGAUUGCCCAACAGAAAUGGUAUAUUCUAGCCGGUGCCCUUAUCGGUGGCUAUCUAUUUUUGCAUUUGAUCAGCGCUGUUCUAUUGACUAUUUUCACACUCUUGCUACCAAUAUCGGUGACAUUCAUCCACGCCUCGUUGAGAUUAAGGAACUUGAAGAACAAAGUUGUCAACACAUUCGAUGGCACUCUGAUUAGUGCCUCCACACCGAUGGGUGCUCUCUUGGAUGCUGUCAAUGUUCGUGCCGAGGGAUUGGGAAAUUAAA